AUGGCCGGCACGCAGAGAGCGAGAGGGCUGGGUUGGGGACGAGAUCGGCAAUGUGUAAUGGUGCGGGGCUCCGUCAUCUGUGGAGGACGGUCAUGGGCUCGCGGUUGGCGCGUGCGAGAGAUCGGGCGGCUGUCUGGGCACUGCCCGCCGUUUGCCGUAUCGAUCGAUGCGCGCGCAGCCGCCGCCCCGUGUGAAUGGUCCCCGGCUCACGUGCUGAGCUCAAACCAUGCUCAAUGCUGCUUUAAGGACUAG